AUGAAAGAUCAUAUUAAAUAUAUUCAUCGUCAAAAUUUUGAUUUUAAUCACUUAUUAGAAUCACUUCAUAUUAAUAAUAGUUCAGACGUAUAUAAUGUGACUGAAGACAAAGGUCAAUAUCAACAACGAUAUUAUGAUGAUCCUAUAUCAACAAUCGAACUCGAUAAAUUUAAAGAACGAGUAAAUUUAAUCGACUUAGGCAAAAGAUCCGAAAAACUAAUACAUUUUGGAAGUUUAUUUUCAUCAAAUAGAAAUGUUCGACAAUUACCUGAAAGUAUUGAAUUUUGGAAUAAGUUAAUGAGGAACAUGCUACCAAAUAAUCCAAUUAUAAAUUAUAUUGCAGAUAAAAUCAUUGAUAAGAUUGGAGGAAUGAAUAGUUAUAUUGGUGUACAUCCUAGAUUAAAAGAUAGCUUCUUUGCCAAGAGACGAAAUAAUACAGUACAAGGACUCAUCGAAAAAAUUCAAACAGAUUUCAAAGAUGGAGUUUGUUUAACAACAAAAAUAUAUCUGGCAAUAGAUAUAAAACGAGAUCACUCCUCCCUUCAACCAUUCUUUCAAACAUUCUCAUGUAUUUACGUAUUGGAUGAUUUUAAUGAUCUUUUAGAACCUUUAAGAUUUUUAAAAAAUCCUAGGGAUGGUAUGAUUUUGUAUGAUUUUCUAAUACCGUUAGUAGAUUUGAUAGUAGUAUCAAAAGGCAGUAAGUUUUAUGGAACUGAAAAGAGCACUUUUUCAAGUUAUGCUAAACGAUUAAAUGAAGCAUGGAUUAGAUGA